AUGAGGUCACCUUUGCCCUCUCCCUCUUCAUCUUCGCACCUUUCUUCCGUCACGCAUCUCCUCCGCAUGAAACCUAAGGUCGGCAUUAAUGGCUUUGGUAGGAUUGGUCGUCUUGUCCUCCGUGCCGCCCUUGAGAAAGGUACCGUCGAUGUUGUUGCAGUAAAUGAUCCCUUCAUCGACCUAAACUACAUGGUUUACAUGUUCAAGUAUGACUCCACUCAUGGGACUUAUAAUGGACAAGUUUCCAUUAAAGACCAAAAGCUCUGCGUAGAUGGUCAUAACAUCUCCGUCUACAUGGAGCGUAAUCCUGAGGCCAUUCCUUGGGAUAAAGACGGCGCACACUAUGUUGUCGAGUCAACUGGCGUCUUCACGACAAUAGAUAAGGCCGGCGCUCACCUGAAAAACAACAGAGCCAAAAAAGUCGUAAUAUCCGCCCCUUCUGCCGACGCUCCUAUGUUUGUUAUGGGAGUCAACCAUAACAAAUAUGAUCCUUCUAUGACCGUUGUAUCAAAUGCGUCCUGUACAACAAACUGCCUGGCUCCCCUUGCCAAGGUUGUCCAUGACAAUUUCGGAAUAGUUGAGGGAUUGAUGACUACUGUCCAUGCCUAUACGGCCACUCAGAAGACUGUUGACGGGCCCUCCGCCAAGCUCUGGCGUGACGGUCGUGGCGCAGCCCAGAACAUUAUUCCGGCCUCAACGGGGGCGGCGAAAGCUGUCGGGAAGGUAAUUCCUGACCUCAAUGGCAAGCUCACUGGCAUGGCCUUCCGUGUUCCUACACCUGAUGUUUCGGUGGUAGACUUGACUGUCAAGCUUGCUAAGCCAGCUCCGUACGAUACCAUCAAGAAGGUGAUCAAAGCUGCUGCUGAAGGUCCCCUUAAGGGCAUACUUGAAUACACUGAAGAUGAAGUGGUGAGCAUGGAUUUCCGUGGUUCUCACUCCUCUUCAAUAUUCGAUGCUAAGGCUGGCAUACAACUCAACGAUACUUUUGUUAAAUUAAUCGCAUGGUACGAUAAUGAGUAUGGAUACAGCUGCCGCGUUGUCGAUCUUGUCGCCCACAUGGCUACUGUUGACAAGUGA